AUGGAGAAUACACUUUUGUCACUGGCUAUCAUCUAUGUGAUUAUGUGGAGCAUGUGGUUAAUAAUUACUGCAGUAAUGAGAUAUUUAAAAAGUAACACUAGCACAGGAAGUGAUCAGAGUGCCGUUUUACAGAGUAACACUUCUAGUUCAAGAUGUUCAUCAAGCUUUGGGUUGAAUGCAAGGAGGCGACCUGUUGUUAUGCAAAAUUAUCAGACCUUUAAGACAUUUGAUAUUAUUGAUGAUUUCAAGGAUCAUCAUUACCGUGAAUUCUCGCACUCUGUCAUGCAUUCAGAUUACCUGAAUGUUUUCAGACUGUCAGAUAAAAAUGCAAAAAAGUCCUAUACAAUAUAUGUCCGAGUGUCUGAGAGUAGGAUGGAUCUUUUGCGAGCUGUCAUCAUUGGACCAGCAGGCACCCCCUACCAUGAUGGGUUGUUUAUCUUUGACGUUCACUUCCCCCCUAAAUAUCCUGCUGUACCACCUGAGGUUCAUUACCACUCUAGAGGGCUUGGAAUUAAUCCGAACUUGUACAGUUGUGGGAGAGUCUGCCUCAGCCUUCUGAACACUUGGACAGGUCGCGGGAAUGAGAAAUGGUUGCCAAACAGGUCUACAGUACUACAGAUUUUGGUGUCAAUACAAGCUUUAGUACUAAAUGAAAAACCCUUUUUUAACGAGCCUGGGUAUGAUAGCACCUAUACCGGGAGUGAGGGGGCGCGAAGAUCCAAAAAGUACAAUGAAGAAAUCUUCAUUUUAUCUUUGAAAACAAUGGUUUACACCCUACGAAGCCCCCCACGGCAUUUUGAAGAUUUUGUUUCUGGUCAUUUUCUUGCUCGCGGCCGUGCUAUUUUAUUAGCUUGUAGAGCCUACAUGGAGGGGGCUGACAUAGGGUGCAUAGUAAAAGAUGAAAUACAGGGUUGCAGAAAGGUGGAAAAGCGGAACCUGCAAGGAUUCAAGAGAGGCAUAGCUAACCUGAUGAAUUCUCUGAUUGUAAAUUUUACCAUGAAUGGAUCAGAGGACUGCGCUGAAUUUCACCUCACAGAAUGA